AUGAAGAAGCUCUUCAAGUGCCUGAUGAUCUUACUGGGGGUUUUAUUGAUUGAGGAAAGGGCAAAUGGACAAGAAGAGAAUGCAGCACUUUGGGGCAAAACUACUCAGUCAUCAACUUUCGCAGGCUCUUUACCUGAAUUUGCUCUUGAUGGUUCGCUCGCCAGCUGGACCCACACAAACUCAGAGACCAACCCGUGGUGGAGAGUGGAUCUGAUGAAGAUAUACAGAGUGAACAGAGUGACCAUCACUAACAGACCGAACCUUGGAUCAAGGAUAAAUGGGGCAGUGAUUCGUGUCGGGACCUUCCUUGACAUCUACAGCAACCCCAUAUGCGGUGUAAUUUCCACUCUUGCAUCCGGUGCCACGGGCACUUACCAAUGCCGCGGGAUGGAGGGACGUUAUGUGGUUGUUCAUAUUCCUGGAGAUCAGAGGAUGCUUAGUAUUUGUGAAGCUGGAGUCUAUGGAUGGGUCCGACAGGUUUUUAUUAAUUUUCCAGGAAAUCGGGCAGUAGGAGCCGCUGCUUCACAGUCGUCAACAUUUGGGAGCUGGUCUGCAGAAAAGGCCAUUGACAGUAAUCGAGGUCUCCAGCAGUUGAAUACUGGAUGCUCCUCAACCCUUAAUGAGACUAACCCAUGGUGGAGGCUGGAUCUGCGUGAUAUUUACAGAGUUAGAGAAGUGGUCAUCACUAACAGAAAACACUGCUGUGCAGAACAAAUAAACGGAGCAGAGAUUCGCAUCGGAAAAUCUUUGGAGAACAACGGCAACAACAAUCCCAUAUGUGCUGUUAUUCCUGCUAUUCCAGCAGGACAGUCCUACAACUACACAUGUAAUGGGAUGGAUGGACGUUAUGUGAAUGUUUAUAUUCCUGGUGAUCAGAAGAUUCUUACUCUUUGUGAGGUUGAAGUCUACGGGUAUUUGGCAGAAAAUCUGGCAGUAGAUGGAGCCGCUACACAAUCAUCAAAAUAUGGGGACGGGUUUGCUGAAAAGGCCAUUGAUCGAGGUCUCCAGCAGUUGUACACGGGAUGCUCGUCAACUCUUGAUGAGACUAACCCAUGGUGGAGGCUGGAUCUGCGUCAUAUUUACAGAGUUAGUAAAGUGGUCAUCACUAACAGAAAACACUGCUGUGCAGAACAAAUAAACGGAGCAGAGAUUCGCAUCGGAAACUCUUUGGAGAACAACGGCAACAACAAUCCCAUAUGUGCUGUUAUUCCUGCUAUUCCAGCAGGCGAGUCCUACAACUACUCAUGUAAUGGGAUGGAGGGACGUUAUGUGAAUCUGAUCAUUCCUGGAGACCUGAAGAUACUCACUCUGUGUGAGGUGAAGGUCUAUGGAGAAGGUCCCUGUUUAAAAAGAUCGUUUGUAAAAAUGCAGUUUAACUCCAGGAAUGAUUUGACCGACCCUUCAAUGAUAGAAAAUGUUCUGAAACAGUUGGGAUCUGCUCUUGCUGAUAGAGGACUCACAGAUGUGACACUGAGAUGGUCUCAAACUCCUAAACAGGUGAUCCAGAAAGCGAACACCGAUAAACGUCACUGCGAGAACAGAAAUUCCCCUUGAAAUCAACACUGUCUUUGACUCACUAAAUUCACAUUUACAUUGAUUCUGAUUCUAAAUGAACUGAAAUUUCUUCAUAAUUACAUGUUUACAGUGUAAAGACUCUUAAAGCACUUCUGCUUCGCUGUUUGUUCAUUCAAACCUUUAAGAACUAUAAAACAUUGUAUAUUGUCCACAUUAAGGAAUGCAGAGUAAUAAACAUAAUGAAAAUAAAUAG